AUGACAUUUCAAGUUCUCUUAUGCAUUUCUUUAUUUCUUUGCUUUCAUUUUCACUUUCACCAUGCACAUUUAUGUGCAUCCAUAAAAAACGAUUCACCAUCACUCAAGCCUUUAAACAAAGUGACACAAAACCAAAAACGACACGAAAUCAUUACAUACCCUAACGAUAAAAAAGGAAAACACAAAAAUAUUUUCGACGAUUCAUUAGAAUCUUCCCCAAACGAAUACCAAAAAGUUUACGGUGUCGGUAUCAGUGUCACUGGAAUAUCAGACAGCGACCUAGUCACAAAAAUACUUAAGCCACAAUGUGGCACGCUCGAUUUAUCAAAGCCCAAUAACGAUAUCCAGUUUCACACGAUAUCUCGUUAUUCGUUUCACCAAGGUAAUCCCAAGUGGCGCAAGGAAACCCUAAGCUACGCGUUCGAUUGGAAUGUCCCAAACGCGGCAAAACCACCGCUAGAGAGUGCACUGAAAGAGUGGCAAUCGUCAACUCAUUUUAAAUUUUAUCCUGUGAAAAAUUUCAGUCGAGCGGAUAUUAAACUUAGCUUUAUGAGUGGGGACCAUGGGGACGGGCAUCCGUUUCCCGGCGGAGGGUUGGCCCACAGUUUCCCCCCACCGGACGGGAGGGUCCACUUCGACUUGCACCAGAAUUGGUCUUGGGCCCGUAAAAGAGAUGCUUACGAUGUGAAGUCCGUUGGGCUUCAUGAGUUGGGCCACAUUCUUGGGCUUAGUCAUAGCACCAUCUUUAAGGCUAUCAUGUACCCGGUAAUUUAUCCAAGGGAGAAGAAAGGAUUACAUGUUGAUGAUAUUAAUGGAAUCAAGGCUUUACCAAUGACCAAGAAAAAUCAAAUGGCUUCCCCUGUUUUCCCAUACAUUUUUCUACUGUGUUUACAUUUUUACACACCUUAUGCACAUCCUUUUGAAUUAAGGCACAAAACUACAUUCCCUCUAGAGUUUGUUAACCAAAUUGAUGGAGUUAAAAGGGGAGAUAUUGUGGAAGGCUUGUAUGAACUCAAGAAACACCUUUCAUAUCUUGGGUACCUAAACUAUAACAUUUAUUCUGAAAGAAACACUUUUGACGACUCUUUAGAAUCUGCGGUUAGAAAAUAUCAACAAUUUUACAACCUUAACAUAUCGGGAGUCCUAGACAAAAGUACAAUAGUACACAUUCGGAAACCUCGAUGUGGAUUGCCGGAUCACUACAAUGGUAAAAACGGCAUAACAUCGUUACAUAUGGCUUCACAUUAUUCAUUCUUUUCAGGUCGUCCAAAAUGGCACAAAAAACGACUCAAGUACGUUUUCAAUACAAACGUGAAGGAAGAAGCUAAGAAAAUAGCAUUGGAACGCGCAUUAAAGGCAUGGUCAACAUCCACGCCUUUUAAAUUCGAUCGUGUGGGCAAAUAUAAGGAAGCCGAUAUCAAGAUCAGCUACAUGCCCGCUUACCAUGGGGAUGGGCACCCGUUUGUGGGCCCGGAUGCGGCCUUGGCCCACACGUAUCCGCCUCCGGACGGGAGGGUUUCACUUUAA